CGACUGCAAUUUCUAGAGAAUGAACUAGCUAUGAAUUAGAUGCUGAGGAGCCAGUGAGUGAGGCUCGAUUACGGCGUUAUCUUAUUCGUGGAUUACGAAAAGAGUUUAUGCCCUUUGUUUCCUCAAUACAAGGGUGGGCAAAUCAACCUACGGUAAUUGAAUUGGAGAAUCUUCUUUCCAAUCAGGAAGCCUUGAUUAAGCAAAUGACUAGCAGCAACGAGUUUUCCCCAAAGUUAGAAGGUGUGUUGUAUGUCAAAGAUCAAAGGAGACAGAAUUUUCACUCAAGGCCUUCAUCUAGCAAUGAGAAUCAAUUCAGAAGUGACGAGUCGUCAAAGAAGCCAUUUAAAGCUUGUUACAGGUGUGGAAAACCAGGCCACUUUAAACGAGAUUGUCAGGCGAAAGUGGUGUGUGAUCAUUGCGGAAAGCCAGGCCAUAUUAAACCAAAUUGUCGAGUCAAGAUGCAGGAAUCAGAAGCAAAUGCAGUACAUGAAAAUAAAAGUUCUCCCGAUCCAAUUUGGGAAUAUUGCUUAACCACUGAGGUUCUUGACCAGCCAACAAACGUGACUUCAGCCGUAUAUCAAGAUGAUGUCUCUACAGGUGAUCAAAAUUCUAAUUCCACUACUUACGCUUCUGAGUUUGAUUCUCUCCAAAUUUCGCAUCUGGACUCUCUCUUUUUCUCCGAUUUCAAUUCUAUUGCCCCUGAUGACCCUUCUGUUUACUCCACGGCCUUGGAUUUGAGAUUCGACGAAAAUGAAGUUGUCGAGCUAACGUUUGACGAUCUUGACGGUCUUUACCUCCCCUCUGAGGCUGACGAUUUUCUCAUCUUGGAGAAUUUAGAUCAAACUACCAAUUCGCAGGAUUCGGCUACUGAUGCUCCGCCCCAGUCUGACCCAGAAAUAGCUGCACUGCUUGAUGAUGAUGAUUUAUCACGAUUUGGUUCUGAUGUUGAGGACUUGGAGGAGGAUUUCGUAGUUCAGGUAAAUUUAUGUGAAGAAGGGGAGGAUGGUUCAAUGGAUAAUAAGUUUAGUGUGGCUAAGGAUUCUGAGAAGGCGACAGGAAGCCAGAAUAUUAUUAAUAACAAAUCUUUUGGCGAUGACAUUUUUGAGGAUGCAGAUGUUGACCAUGUGGAGGAUGAUGUUGAUAAGCCACGAACUCGACAGCUUUUGGAUGAUCGAUUUGAUACCCUCUUAAGUCAGGACUAUGCAUCUAGUGACAACGGUGACAGUGCUUGUGAUGAGCAUGAUGGUUGGGUAGCUGAAGAAGAUGAGUCCCUUGCUCAAAAGCUCAAGCAUGCCCUUGAUGAUCAUAGUAAGGAUGACUUGGACCUUGACCAAGGAUAUAAAGCUUCUGCAGAUCAAGAGCUUUUGCAGUCUACCAGUGAUGUAAUUCACCGGUGUAUGGAGUAUGCUGAGUCUGCACAAGUUGAGAUGAAUUAUUACUCUUUCUCAUUAGAAUUGAAUCGCUGCGAUGUGGAACUUAUUAAGAAGGAAAUCAUUGAACAUGAUGUGUCAGUGUCUUAUUCAGGUGGUGGCGUGCCUAAGAAGUCCAUACGCAAGCCUAACUGGAAGAAAUUCUUCGUAGAUUAUUUUGUUCGAGAGAACGUGUUAACGCAGGAUGUUGAAUUGCAGGAAAUACAUACUAAUGAGCAAGUUGCAGACAUAUUUACUAAGGUACUUGCCAAAGUGAAGUUUGAAGUUUUUCGUAGAAGCUCUCGGAGUUAUUGAGAAAUAAGCUUGCACUAAGGGAGGCUGUCACAAUUUAGUGCAACUUAUUUUAGUUUAAAUUAGUUAUGGAAUAUAUGA